GCGGCAGGCAGGCGGGCGGGUGGGAGGCGGCGGCGGCGCCGCGCUCGCCCCGCUGCCCUGGAUGACGGGCGGCCGGUUCGACUUCGACGAUGGCGGUACCUACUGCGGCGGCUGGGAGGACGGCAAAGCCCAUGGGCACGGCAUCUGCACCGGGCCCAAGGGGCAGGGCGAGUACGCCGGCUCCUGGUCGCACGGCUUCGAGGUGGCGGGCGGCUACACCUGGCCCAGCGGCAAUACCUACCUGGGCUACUGGGCGCAGGGCAAGCGGCACGGGCUGGGCGUGGAGACGAAGGGCAGGUGGAUGUACCGCGGCGAGUGGUCGCACGGCUUCAAGGGGCGCUACGGCGUGCGGCAGAGCCUCAGCACGCCGGCCCGCUACGAGGGCACCUGGAGCAACGGGCUGCAGGACGGCUACGGCGUCGAGACCUACGGCGACGGAGGUACAUACCAGGGACAAUGGACAGGAGGAAUGCGACAUGGAUAUGGUGUACGUCAGAGUGUACCCUAUGGCAUGGCAACUGUGAUCCGUUCACCUCUACGAACAUCUCUAGCUUCACUUCGAAGUGAACAGAGCAAUGGCACCGUUCUGCAUGACAUCACUGCAGACAGUCCGGCUGGAACAAGAGGAGGUUUUGUGCUCAAUUUUCACAGUGAAGCAGAAGCCAUGGGAAUUAAGAAAAAAGGAGGCUUAUUCAGAAGAGGAUCCCUUCUUGGUAGUAUAAAACUUAGAAAAUCUGAAUCUAGAUCCUCAAUAUCUAGCAAACGGAGCUCCGUCAGGAGUGAUGCUGCUAUGAGCAGAAUUAGUUCCAGUGAUGCCAACUCUACAAUUAGUUUUGGAGAUGGUGACUGUGAUUAUUGUCCUAUGGAAGACCACGUUGAUGCCACCACAACAGAAAGCUAUAUGGGUGAAUGGAAGAAUGACAAGCGCAGUGGUUUUGGUGUUAGUGAGCGUUCAAAUGGCAUGAAAUAUGAAGGAGAAUGGUUAAAUAACAGGAGGCACGGAUAUGGAUGUACCAUGUUUCCAGAUGGCACCAAAGAAGAAGGAAAAUAUAAAAAUAAUGUUUUGGUUCGUGGAAUAAGAAAGCAACUUAUACCAAUACGCAACACAAAAACUAGAGAAAAAGUGGAUAGAGCAAUAGAGGGUGCACAGCGAGCGGCUGCCAUGGCAAGAACGAAAGUGGAAAUUGCAACUUCAAGCAUGCUGUUGAUGUCUUGUUGCUCCUGACCAUCUUUUGCUACCAUCUUCUCGAGUCAAGAAGGGAAGAAGGGACAGAUGGAUGGAAUGACGAUGAACCUUUUUUUUUAUUUUAAUUAAUUGCACUGAAUUUAUCUUUUUAUAUUAAAUCUUCUUCAUCUUUCUUGACCUCAGAUGUUUUACCCACCACAGUUUUUAUACUGAAAAAAGUAGUCUUGAUUAUGAAUUAUUGUGAUAUUACUGUAAAUGUGAAGGAGACAUUAUAAAUUUCUCAGAAUAAAAUCAGAUCCAGUGCACUGAUGGCUUUUUGCUGCACACUGUGCAUGUUUUCUGCUGCCCAAUACUCUAUUUUGUCAAGUGAGUAUCUUGCUUAUUUAUUCUUCUAUAUCCCAUCAUUAGCAUCUUCCUGUUCUCCCAACAGGAUUGUUCACUCCUCCUUGUUCCUCAUUCAUACAGGAAGCACACGAGGAAUGGGGAGUGCUCAGAAUCCUUCUGAGAACAUUCAGAAUGUUCAAAGACUGUUGUAUGGAAGCCCCACAUUUUGUAGAAGUUACUCAUGUUACGAUAUGCAGAAUGACACAGAAUGAAGACUAAAACUCAAAAGUCAGUUUAGGGAAGAAUACUGUCAAUAACUUUGUGUCACUCGUAGUCCUGAGGAAGAGGACAGAAGCCUCUAAAAUAAUAAUUGAAAAAAAACAAAAAACUUUUUGUGAUUUUUUUUUUUUUUUUUUUCCCUUUUUGUUAUUUCUUCUCUACACUUGGAAGGAGGAUUUAGGCUUCCUUUCUUCAGAAAUGUCCUUCUCAACUCUCAGGACAAAGAGAAGACUAUAAUGUCUAUUGUGCCAUGAAUGCUUACCUGCAGUACACUCCAGCUGGCUGUUUGCUAAAGGUGGUAAUUUCUUACGUGCCAUGGAGGAUUGCAAGAGAAUAAAAUAGACCAAUGCCUGAUCAGGAAUGAUGCCUAUAAUCCUGUUUACCCAGCAUGUGUUAUUUGCUUUUUUCCAAAGUUGAUUUUUCUCUUGUUUGUUGAUUUUGUUAUUGUUGUUUGUUUGUUUUUUAACCCAAAUAUAGUGCUUAAAAAAACCCAAAUCCUGCAGUUUUAGUUGAAAUCCAUCUUCAGCAGUGCAUUCUGUAGCCAGGCUUGAUUGCCCUGAUGUGAAGUCAUAAUUCAGAAGCAUCACUGUAGGCAAUAUAUUUGAGACGUGCCAUUCUGUCCUCUGGAGACAUCUAUGGUAAUGGUACCAGAUGAAUAAGCAUUUGAUUGGGGUGCUUGCCAACAGAGCACUUGUGAAAGGUUGACAGCAGACGUGCCGUGUAAUGGACUGUUUGCCAUGUGUUUGAAGGCUCCUGUACUGUUUUUCAUGUGUAGCUCUCCUCCAAAAUAAAAGCUCCUCCACGCAGCAAAUAACAUCACUUUCAGACUGCCUUUUCUCUACUGUGCUCAAAAUAUUUUGUCUUUCUGUUAUAAUGUCAGCAACCCCCCAAGUACUGAGCUGGAUGCAGUAUCAUGCAUGUGUGUGUUCUGCAUGCAUGAGGUGUCCAUGGAGAUGCAGAACCUGGAUUUCCUUGGUGACUAUGUAGGGAAACAUAGUAAAGCCCUUAAAAUUCUUUAAUAACUUAGAUGCUUUUAUUUCCAGGAAUAUUAUUAAUGAAUUUUAUCUGUUUUAAUUUCUAAAAAUGUAUUUUGCAAAUAUUUUGGGUACUUCAAUCAUACUAAUUAUACAGAGUUACAAGUUUGUAUUUUCAUGUUAUUUCAGAUCUAUUUCUACUGUUGCCUUUGUCAAUAUUUUAUUGUUUUUACACUGUGUGAAAUAUCUGGCUUUCUAAUGAAGCUAGUUAAUGCAGCUCAGCCUUCUGCAAAACAUGCCUUGUAGCACCGAAGUAUCUUCUCAUAUGUAGGGGAAAUAAUUUGCAAAGCUUUAUAGUAUCAUGGAAGUUAAACCUUACUCAAUUGUCCUUGAACUUUAAAGCAGAAACUAUUCAGUAAUUGUCUUUGUAAUUGCUGAAUGAGACAUGAUAUGCUUUUGUUAUAAGUUUACUUUGUAACAUUAUGCUGAACUUUAAAAGAAGUAGAAUCAAACGUGGGGGCUGUGCUUAGAAACUUGUUUGCUGUGUUGGCUUCCAGUGCAUUUUGUGGCAGGUGUCUUAGGCACGCAUAGAGACAGACAGAGGAAGAGCUUAACAUCACGCACCAGUGUGUUACAGACAUGCAGUCACUAGUUUUGUACUGAACAGGAGCUAAAAAAGAAAUACUUCUAUGGACAACAUUUCAUCAUCUGAGAUGAUCACCCUACCUGAGAUGAUGACCUAUGCCCUGCCCCACCCAGACUGUCAGAUUUUCUCAUUUACAUUAAAUAUAAAUGUUUUGACUAAAAACACAAGUAUAUGUGAAAAUAUCUAAGAAUGAUUUAAUGCUUAAGAAAAAGACCCACAGCCUCCACUUCAUAAGCUAGGAGAAAGAUCGGAAUUGUAAAUUGGGCAGAAUGUGAUGCCAAUAAAAGCAUGAAGAAAAAAUGACAGUCAUUAAUCAUGGAAAGAUAUUUUUAUGCUGAAAUGAAGCACCUAGCUUUGCUAUGAUUAGGCUGUUUUUUUCAGCGUCUUAUUGUUUUCCUGUACCUUUGUGCAGCCAAUGCUCCCAAUUACUUCAAAAUUCAAAACUUUCUGAGAUGAUUUUAUGUGACUGUCCACUGAGUGUGAGCUUUCUUUUGUAUCCAAUGCUGGUGAAGUCCCACGUGUCUGAUAGUUCAUCUCUUCAAAAUUUUCUUCAUCUGUGUCCAUUGGUAAUGGACUGUACUGUUAAUCCUGCAAAUCCAGAAACAGAGUGUCUGUAAUGUGCAGAUGGGAUUUCAUUUUCUUAAAAUAAGCCAAAUUGAAAGCUUUCAUACUGAAACCUAUUAAAAUAUAUAUAUAUUUAUUUCCAAAGCUGUAAUUCACAUUCUUCAGCUUCUUGCAGAGAAAAAAUGAAAUAAAUUUGACAGGAAAAAAAAAUCUCUUUCAAUUCCACCUUCUUGAAUACAUUAUUAUCUCUUACAGAACAGGAGCCUUUGUCUUACAGUACAGAAACACAAUUUCAAAUUUCUAAGCUUUUGGCAGAUACAUUUUACACAUUGUAGACAGAAAUUCUGCUUUGAGCCCUGAAAUGCUACUUCAUGUAAACACACCUGGAGCCUCUAAGUGGAAUAUCUCAUUGCAAAUAUUGCAAACUCUGUCUUGUAGUAAAUGAGAAGGACAGGUCCUGAGAUUUUACACUGAGGAUUAAAAAAAAAUAUGCAUAGGCUGUGUGAUAAAGAGGCCAAGGUCUGUUUUCUAUGUGUAAAUAUGUACAGAUUUGAAAUUAUUCCAGAUCUGUUGUGACCUGUCCUUGUAAUAAACUGCUGUACUUUAAAAUAUUUCCUUGUUCUAUUAACUCUCAAUGUACUACAAGCAAUUCAGUUGCUUUUGUGAUUAAAAAACAAGAAGUUGUACAAAUAGGUGGCCUCUUUGCAGUAGUUUCUGUUGGGGUGAACAUCUUGGUGUUUUCUAUGUGGGCUGUGAGGGGAGAUUGGUCAGAAACUUGAGUUGUCCUUUUAAAUGGAUCUGGAAGCAGUAUGAGGAACCUGUUCCUCCUGAGAAAGGGAGCAGUGGUCUUCUCUGUUUUGCCGGCAAAUGUAUGUGAGGUUUGUAGAGGUCAUCUAUAGUGCACUAAUAUGGAGGAUACAUUUUCUUUCCUAUACUCAAGUUACGAUAUACUAAGCAAAUAUUUAUUAACAGACCUUUCAGAGGCAGUGCAGUGCCAGCAGCCAUGCUCCGCAUAGACUGGGUAUGAGGGUUCCUCUGUCUCCUUGUAGAAAGCACCUUAGUAUAUGAACACAGCGCAUUUCCUCCUUACUUCUGUCAUAAGCAAAUAAGCCAAAUUAAAGAUAUGAAUGUAUCUGCUGAAUAGGACUGUCAGAAUUGCAAUACGUGCCUCUGCUCUGAUUCUCCCCGUGUCUUUGAGCAAUUUUUCUUUUAGCAGUUGAACGAACAGCUGCAGCACUGUCUAGUAAUGAUGCUUGUGGUUGCUAGGCUUUGCUAAGUGUUUAACAAAUUGCUGUAAUUUUUUUUCUUCUUCUGUCUUGACAUUUCACUUAAGUCCAACCAUUUCUGAUCUUUUCUUCUCUACAUGUCAUACAGCGCUUUUCUAUAAAGGAGUGUUUCUGAGGUGCAUGUUUCCUUUGUGAAGUUGUAUUUCCCCACUUGUCAUAGUUCAUCCCAGCUUUGCUGGGUGCUGGUUGGCUCCUCUGCACAUUCUUCCAGUUGCAGGGAUUUUGAACAAUCGAUGGAACAGGGGAGAUGUUUGCUUAUACUGUCCUAAAUUUGCUCAGUUUGAAAGAUUAGCUGUGUUGUCAUUCUACAUUUCUACUAUUAUUUCCUUUAGCUUAUUUGUAGACCAUGGUAAGGUUUGUACUGUGCUGUGCACCUGUUCCUCUAAAUCUUUCUCCUCUUUUCCAUCUUGUCCUGUCAUGAAAAUGUAGGGUGAGAAGGGGUGAGGGAAAGAAGAUCUCUUACAGGAAUUUCUCUUUCAGGGUUGUAUUUCACUUUCGAGUUUUACCUUUGUCGCUGUAAGAUCAUGUGCCAAAGUCUUGGCGAUGCAAAAGCUAGAAGAUGUUAAGAAUAUACUCAGAGUGGGGGUGACAGUUCGGGCUGUCUGCAGCUGGUUCCCAAGUGUCCUUGAACAAGAGAGCUUGGGAACCGGCUGGAUGAAUUGUCUUAGUGACAGCAGCCCACUCCUGACUACGAAGAGUUCUCAAACACAGCUGAGAGUGGGUAGGGAUUUACUGGAUGGAAAUAACAUAGAAAGGGAAACAUCAGACUGACUGGGCAUUGGCAUCGCUCACAGUCCACGCUGUGUAUCUAGUGAAGUGGGGGAGUCAGGAGCCACCAUUCAAGCUCUCUGUAGUCAGUUCCCUGCAUUAGCACACCAGUUUGUUUAGAUGCUGCCCACGCUAUGCAGAAGAGAGUUAGCAGUAAUGGGAGAGCAGGAUUCCUGCCUUUCCAUCUUCCUGAGCAUUGAGCAUCAGCAGCAUCUUGUUGCCAUAUGGGAAAGAAGCAUGUCUGCGUAUUUAGAUGAGGCCCAGCAGUGUUCAGGUGCAAUGCCUCUUGUGUGGCUGAUUGCACUGAAAAAAAAGCAGGCUUCAAGCAAAACAGAUGUGGCUAUGUUUAUUCUAUGUCUCAACUGUUAUACUGCAGCCAUAUCUACAUUUGUAGUGUUCUGGAUAUCUAAGCCCUGUGUCAGGGAAUUACUUAUUUGCAUGCAGUUUUCAUGUGACAGCAGGAGCAGGGUUGAUCCCUUUAUCCCUGGGGUGCUUUCAUGCAGCCACACUACUGACACCUCUAAGUGCUUUAUCUUGUCUCUCUUUUGUAGUGCAUUUUUUUGUUUGUUUUGCAAGCUUUUUUUAGUAUUUUGCUUAGCAUUUGAAGGUGAUUACACAGUUUGUAUGUGAAAAUCCUCUUUAUGUUUCUAUAAUAAUACUGCUAGUUAUAUAUUUUUUUUCCCUCUCCUUAAGUUACUUUGAUCACAGGGACUAGUCUGACACCUCCUUCUUACAGGGAGAUUUCAUCAAGAACUCUUUUUGCAAUAAAUACUUGAGUGCAUCAUUCCUGACUUUUCUGAGCUGUUUCUAAAAUAAUUAAUCAGCUCUGCACAGAUUUGCCUUCUCUCUUAACUGGAUUUUGAGUUGAACUACUUAUAUAUUACAGAUAAUGUUAAGACUUUUUUUUGUUUUGUUUAUUUUGAUACCUGAAAAUGACCAUUUUGAAGUGUAAUUGACUCCCAGUCAAUCUCUAACAUUCAACACACUUCCUCUGAAAUCUCUCUUAUGCUGGGCAGUUUAUUUAAAGGCAUUCAUUCUGUUACACUGCCAUUUUUAAGCAGUGUAUUGAAAAUAUUUCUUUCACUUUUAGUUUAGCCACGUCUUCAUUGAAGUAUGCAAUGCAGCAUAUGUUUGCUGACUAAAGGUCAAGCAAUCUCAUACAGUUAGUGGUGCCCCUGCAGUGCUGAAUAUUUCUUUUGUAGGAUUGGGGCACUUUUUUUGUUGGUUUUCUUUUGUUUGUUUUAAAUCACGUUCCUCUCUUUCCUUCUGUCCUUUUGGACUCACUAGUUUUGUAAUCCUGGCAGCAGAGUGCCUAGGAUUCAACCAGAAAAGUGGGAACUGUUUUCCACAAAAGACCCCUUCAGCUUGGCACCAUGUCAUGCUGCUGAUAUGCAUGUAAGUCAGGUUCAGUCUGAGAGCAGGCACCCACACCUCAGGUUUCACACUUCAGUGUCCUAAUCACCAACAGAGACACAAAAGAUGCACAGCGUUGCAGACUUUGCCUUUGGCAAUGUUUUCUAAAUACUGACCCAUAUUAAAAUACAUAUGUGGUAGAUGAAAAGCUUAAAUUCAGGAAAAAAAUGUGGGUCUUGAAACUCAUUAUCACAGACUCAUAUAAGUCCAGAUGACAGCGGGCAAACUGAAUACAUCUCCUAGCAUUUCCUGCAGGUAGAUUUAAGAUUCCUCGUGUUCUAAUGCACUGUUCAGCGCCUAAUCUAUGCACCAGGUAUGUUCCCAUUCACUAUGAGAUGUUCUAAGCAUCAGGAAUUCCUCCUGUUUAAAUGCUGCACUGCUGGGCUUCAUAAUGCCUUCCCCUCAAUCCGUGUUCUGUAUAAAAUGGCAGCAGUUUAAACCUCCCUAUUUUACCAAGGUGCUUUGAGGACAAAGUGUGCAUGCUGCAUGAAUGCAAGAGAAGUACCCAGUAAAAUAAUGAGUGGAUGAGCUUAGUGCCUGCCUCAAAGGCCUUUCACAGCUAUGAAGGCUCCUGUAUCAUUCCAUUUCCUUCAGUGGCAGCUAAACAGUUCAUCUCCGUUGUUGUUUUUUAGUUGGAGUGUAUCUAAACAGCAUGGACAGAAUUGAAUAUGAUGAAGUAAACUUCAGGGUGACGCAUGUUAAAAUGUUGAAGUGUUUUUGUGUGCAAGGGUAGGAACAGACUCAGGAAAAAACAGUGAAAAUGUAUUUUAAUUUACACACCCUUUCACUGACAGGAGACAGAUAACUCCAAAAGAAAAAGAAAAAAAAAAGUGCACAAAAAUGAUAUUUUUUAAA